AUGGGCCCGCUGCUGCGGGCGGCAUGCGGGCGGCUGGUCGGGGUGGACCUGUCUGCUGGGAUGUGCGGCAAGGCGGUGGAGCGGGGGUGCUACGACCUGGUGGAGGUGGGGGAGUUGGUGCAGUGGCUGCAGCGGCAGGUGGAGGUGCGGAAGGAGGAUGGGCAGGGUGCAGGUCAUCAUAAUCAGCAGCAGCAGGAGCAGCAGCAGAAGCAACAGCAGGAGCAUCAGCAGGCAGAGGGACGAGGAACGCAGCGGCAGGAGCGCCAAGGAGGCGGCAGCGCCACCCGCAGCGAAACCCCCACAAGCAGCGUGCGCGGCGCGCUGUUUGACCUGCUGGUGGCGGCCGACGUGCUGGUGUACAUAGGUGACCUGGAGCCCCUGCUGGGCGCAGCAGCGGCGGCGGCAGAGCCGGGGGCGCUCUUUGCGCUGUCCACCGAGCUCCUGCCAGAGGAACGCCCCUCUCCAGCCCCAACUAGCGGCAGCACCAGCAGCCCCAGCAGCGGCGGCGACGGCGACGGCUUCGGCGCCCGUGGGCCGGGUGGCUACCUGCUGCAGCCCACAGGCCGCUACGCGCACAGCCCCUUAUACAUCGCGUCAGCAGGGGCCCGCGCGGGGUGGCGCGUCGCGGCGCUGCAGACGGGCGUCAUCCGCGUCAACGCGGGGCGGCCCAUCAACGGCAACCUGGCAGUGCUGGAGCGGUUAGGGGGCGGCGCAGCCGAGCCCCGAGGGUAA